AUGGGGAAAAUGGACGACGAGUUUUAUUCGGGUGUUAACGACGUCAAAAGUAAUAAAGAAUCAACUGAACGCAAUGGCCGCAUUAUCGUGCGCAAUAUUUCCUUCAAAGCCACGAAAGAGGCGUUAAAGGAGCACUUUGGUAAAUAUGGUACAGUGCAAGAAGUGAAUUUGUUGAAGAAACCUGAUGGAAAAUUGGUUGGGUGUGGCUUUGUACAUUUUGCUGAUGUUGCACAAGCUGAAAAGGCUAUUGCUGCCACAAACAAGAAACCAUUCCUAGAUCGCCUUAUACAUGUGGCAUUUGCGGUGUCCAAGAAGGCAUAUGUGCAGAAUAUGGAGAACAACUCAGCUAAACAGAGGUUUAACAGCAACUCUGAGGAUGAUAACAAACUAUUUAGUGAAGUUAAAGAAGAAACAAACAACUCUACAGAGGAAAAGCAAAAGAAAGAGAGAAUCAACCGUAAUGCUCGUCUCGUAGUCCGAAAUGUAUCCUUUAAGGCUACCGAAGAAACACUGAAAGAGCAUUUUACACCUUACGGUGAUAUAUUGGAAGUGAAAUUGCUCAAAAAGCCAGAUGGUAAACUAGUGGGAUGUGCAUUUGUUCAUUUCAAAAAUGUACCCAUGGCCAAGAAGGCUUUGUUGAACACAAACAUGAAACCUUUCCUCGGUCGUCCUAUAUCCGUGGAUUGGGCAGUGGCCAAGAACAAGUACAUGCAGCAUGUGGUCAGCCAACAGCUGGAGAUGGAAGAAAAGGUGAAGAAGGAAGAAUCUGACAGCGAUGAUGAUGACAACAAACCACCGCUCAAUGUCACCGCUGAUGACAUCAAGGACGAGAUCAAGAGUGAGAGUGAAUCAGAAGCGAAUUCUGAUGAGGAAGAAGAUUCUGAUAGUGAUGAUGAUGAUGAUGAUGAUAAGGCUGGUGUUAAGGAUGAGUCUGAUGAUGAUGAUGAGGAUGAUGACAGUGAGGAACAGGACGAUGAUGAUGAAGAAGAAGAUGAUGAAGAGGACAAGGGUGAUGAGGAAUCUGAAGCUGGAUUUAAACAGGAACACCAGAGGAUAAAACUAAACGAUGCCGAGGAUGGGUGCACGGUGUUCAUAACAAACAUACCAUUCAGCGUGGACAACGACCAGUUGAGACAGUUUGCUGAGAACAUCGGUCCUGUCAAGUAUGCACUCAUCUGUGUCGACAAAAUGACUGAACAUUCUAAAGGAACUGGAUUCGUUAAGUUUUCUGACAAAGAGCAUGCAGAUGCCUUCCUAUCGUUACCAGCAGAUCAGCUCAGGUUGGAAGGUCAAACAUUAUCAGUGAAGCCGGCGCUUAAGAGGGAGAACUUGCAGAAGGGCAACAAGAAGGAAGCCAAGGACAAUAGGAACCUGUAUCUUGUUAAAGAAGGAGUGGUGGUGGCUGGUACAAAGGCUGCGGUGGGGGUGUCUGCCUCCGACAUGGCCAAGCGACUGGCACUGGAGCGUAGCAAGACACAGAUGUUGAAGAACCUUAACAGGUUCGUGUCCCGGUAUCGGCUAGUAGUGUCGAACCUGCCGGCACACUACGACGACGCGAAGCUCCGCAAGCUAUGUGUCGGGGCGGGGGACCGACGGGCUGUCGUCACUGAGUGCCGCGUCAUGAGGGAUCUUCGCACUCCGCCCGGACCCGAUGGGAAGAACCCGUCAAAAGGUUACGGCUUCGUAAUGUUCACGAGACACGAGGACGCUCUCGCGUGUCUGCGGAAACUGAACAACAAUCCAGAUGUAUUUGAUAAAAAUAAUAGACCCAUCGUCUCAUUCUCAAUAGAGGAUCGAACAGCAUUAAACGCAAGAAAGAAAAGAUUAGAGAAAUCCAUAGCCAACAACCCGCUCGCAAACAAAGAUGGCGGCCCAACCACAGACAGGAGAAACAGGAAACGGAAACCAGAAAUAGCACCAGACGAAAGUUACGCUAAGAGACGGAAGUUUGGGAAACUUAAUAAGUUCAAUAAAAAUAAUAAUCAAGGAAAUGACAAUAGGAAUCAAAAUUCAGAAAAUCAGGGCUCUACUAAUUUUAAUUUUAAUAGAAAUAAUAAUAAAAAUCAAAAUAAAUUUAAUAAGAAGGGCCCUCGACAAAAUAAUGGGCCAGGUCAAUUUGUAAAAAAAACAAGUAAUAGUGAUUUCGGCGAGUAUACCGGCCUAACGGCUAAGGAAGGUUCACAACACAAAAUGCGGAGCAACCACAAAUUGAAAGCACAAGCCGAGAUCCAUAGGCAAACAGUAAAAACGGAGAAGAAGCAGAGUAAAAGAACCCAAAGACUUAAGAUGGCGGCGAAAGAAAGAAUAAAAUUGCCAAAACAGAAGAUUAACAAAAACCCGAAUAAAAAAAGGAAAAAACAUCAUAAUCAAUCGAAGUUCGACAGGUUUUUGUAA